ACAAUAACGAGCUGCCCGUAAUUGCCUCACGAGGUGCCCGACCGUUCAGUUCGCCUCGGAGUCCCGGCCAGGCAGGUCCAAUCAACAGGUAGAAUUACUUAGAAGAACACGAAGGCACUUGCGGUUCUUGGAAGAAAGGGAAAUAGUUUCGGGUGUCAACCAUGGGUGCCAUGUUCAGGAGUGAGCAGAUGGACCUGGUCCAGCUGCUCAUCCAACCGGAAGCGGCUUACUCGUCGCUGGCGGAACUCGGAGAGCUCGGAAUCGCUCAGUUUCGUGAUCUCAACGCCGACGUGAACGUGUUCCAGCGCAAGUACACCAGCGAGAUCCGACGAUGCGAGGAAAUGGCCCGCAAGGUCGCCGUGAUCCGCCGCGAGUUGACCAAGGAUGAGGUCACGACGCCGGACCUGUCGGACAACAUCCCGCGGACGCCCAACUCGCGCGAAAUCAUCGACCUCGAGGCGGCCCUCGAGAAGACCGAGAACGAGAUCAUGGAGCUGUCCGAGAACAGUCAAGCGCUGUUGCAGAACUUCAUGGAGCUGACCGAGCUGAAGAACGUCCUGGAGAACACCCAGGUGGGUCAUGUGACAUACAAUAGCUCAAAAGUCCAACUCUUAAUGUCCCUCAAAUUUCGUCAGGGCUUCUUCAGCGACAAGUCCGCCGCCCAGAACCUGGAAGCGACCGGUGGCGAGCCCGGUGCCAGCGACAACAAGCCACUGGGCUUUGUGGCCGGAGUGAUCCCACGUGAGCGCAUCAUCGGCUUCGAGCGAAUGCUGUGGCGCGUGUCACGUGGUAACGUCUUCCUACGUCAGGCGCCCAUCGAUAAGCCGCUGACGGAUCCGCGCACGGGUGAUGAAAUAUACAAGAUCGUGUUUGUUGCCUUCUUCCAAGGGGAGCAGCUGAAGAGUCGUGUCAAGAAGAUUUGCAGCGGCUACCAUGCCUCGCUGUACCCGUGCCCGAACGAGUACUCCGAGCGGGACGAGAUGCUGGCGGGCGUCCGCACCCGCAUCGAGGACCUCAACAUGGUCAUCAACCAAACCAAGGACCAGCGCCAGCGCGUCCUGAUGAGCGUGGCCAAGGAGGUGCCCAAGUGGGAAAUUAUCGUGAAGAAGAUCAAGGCGAUCUACCACACGAUGAAUAUGUUCAGUGUGGACGUAUCGAAGAAGUGCCUGUUUGGCGAGGCUUGGGUCCCGACGGAGAAUCUGCAGGACGUGAAGCAGGCGUUGAUUAACGGGGCUUCCGCCGUUGGCAGCACGGUUCCGUCGUUCUUGAACGUCAUUUCGACGACGGAGACUCCGCCGACGUUUAAUCGGUGUAAUAAGUUUACGCAGGGUUUCCAGAACUUGAUCGAGUCGUACGGUAUUGCGUCGUACCGUGAGGCUAACCCGGCUUUGUAUACGAUCAUUACGUUCCCGUUCUUGUUCGCUAUUAUGUUUGGAGAUUUGGGUCAUGGACUUAUUCUGUUCUUGCUUGGACUUUGGAUGGUGCUUUACGAGAAGUCUUUGAGCAGGAACAAGGACGAAAUCUGGCAACUGUUCUUUGGAGGUCGUUACAUUAUCCUGUUGAUGGGCUUCUUCUCGAUGUACACUGGAUUUGUGUACAACGACGUGUUCUCCAAGACGAUGAACAUCUUUGGAUCUUCGUGGUCUAUCAACUACAACACGUCGACGAUCAUGGAGAACAAGGAGUUGCAGCUGAACCCGGGUGAGGACUACUCUGAAACUGUGUACUGGUACGGUUUAGACCCGGCUUGGAUGUUGGCUACCAACAAGAUCAUCUUCUUGAACUCGUUCAAGAUGAAGUUGUCGAUUAUCUUCGGUGUGAUUCACAUGAUCUUCGGCGUUUGCAUGAGCGUCGUGAACAACUUGCACUUCAAGCGUCCGAUCAACCUGCUGCUCGACUUCUUGCCUCAGCUGUUGUUCUUGGUGCUGCUGUUCGCGUACAUGUGCUUCAUGAUGUUCUUCAAGUGGAUCAUGUACACGGCCGUCACCGAGGAGGAUCACCUUAAGCCGGGUUGUGCCCCUUCGGUCCUCAUUCUGUUCAUCAACAUGAUGUUGUUCAAGAACCAAGAACCACUCGAGACCUGCAAGGAGUACAUGUUCGAGAGCCAGGAAACUGUCCAAACCAUCUUCAUCUUCCUUGGACUGCUUUGCAUCCCGUGGCUGCUGCUGGCCAAGCCCCUGUACAUCAUGGCAACUCGCAAGAAGCCUGCUCCCGGCGAGCACGUCGCACCUUCCGGUGGUCACGGCGGCCACGAUGACGAACCGAUGAGCGAGAUCUUCAUCCACCAGGCGAUCCACUGUAUUGAGUACAUCCUGAGUACGAUCUCUCACACCGCCUCGUACCUUCGUUUGUGGGCUCUGUCGCUUGCUCACGCUCAGCUUUCCGAGGUGUUGUACAGCAUGGUCCUCACCAUGGGACUCAAGUCGGACAGCUACACGGGAGCCAUCAUGCUGUACCUGGUGUUCUGGGCUUGGGCGGCCCUUACCCUGGCCAUUCUGGUCGGCAUGGAAGGGCUUUCGGCCUUCCUGCACACCCUGCGUUUGCACUGGGUGGAGUUCAUGAGCAAGUUCUACGAGGGCUUGGGUCUGCCCUUCCAGCCGUUCUCGUUCAAGGCCAUGUUGGACGCGGAAAAUGAGGAAAAGUAAAACCUGAUUUGCCGUCAGCUUAGUCGCAUUACUGCUACUACUACAACUAGCAGCUGCUCUGUAGAUUGUGCAAAGUAAAUCAAUAAUAUAGAUAACCAGCAUCA